AUGGUCACGCAACUCCUCCAAGCGUCUUCUCAGGCAACAAGGCAACGGGAGACAAUCGUAUAUGAGUCUCUAGUUUUCGAGCAGCAUCGAAGCUUCAGGUGGUGCAUGACGGUCGGACGUGCCGUGGCAACCAUGGGGUGCAACAUGCAGAAAGAAGGGCCAGAAUCCGACGAGGGUAUGAUGGAGGCGACUUUUCGGGUCAUGAACAUGGAUGGGGACAGGAAGGUGGACCACAAAGAUCUAAAGAGCUAUUUUAAUUGGGGCGGGUUUGACGCCACGACGAAGAUGUUUAGGCCACGAUCAAAUUAG